GCCGGGUUGGUAAGGCUGCGUGGUUACCUUGGAUACAGAGGACGCUACUUGUGUAGUGCGGAGUCUUGGUUUGAGACUGGCGGAAACCCAGAGGGACAACUUGGAGUCUAAAUAAGGAUCAGGACCAAGAGAAGGGGAUUGUGAAAAAUGGAGGAGAGUGCCACCAACACAGACAAAGAAGAGGAAGAGACGGACGAAAAGGAACAGGAGGAAGACCCCAUCUACGCCAUACUGCCCACCACCAACAUUCAAGAUGAGCGGCUGGUUGAUUUGGCUCAGACCCCAGCUUUUAUUUUUCUGCAUGAGUUACAUGCUACAGGAAAACUCCAUGGAACCAGAAUGGCAGAGUUAAAGGCCAAGUACACCUUCCUGCACGACACUGUGAUGAGCUCACAGGAAUCCGAGGUCCAGCUGCUACAGAAUGCCAAGCGCUUCACGGAGCAAAUCCAGCAGCAACAGUUCCACCUGCAGCAGGCAGAUAACUUUCCGGAAGCCUUCUCCACGGAGGUGUCCAAAAUGAGAGAGCAACUUCUCAAGUAUCAAAACGAGUUCAACGCCGUGAAGGAAAGGGAGUACCAUAACCAGUACAGGUUGAAGAGUUUACAAGAAGAAAAAAUGAUGUUACUCCAAGAAUUUGAGAAGAUCCCGAAACCAGGGGAAAUGGAGAAGAAGAUGAGACUAUUGAGAGAGAACACAGAGGAACUGCGUAAGGAAAUAAUGCAGAAGAAAUUGGAGAUUAAAAAUUUGAGGGAAGAUCUGGCUUCUAAGCAAAAGCAGUUACUAAAGGAGCAGAAGGAGCUGGAAGAUUUGUUGGAGUAUCAAGUCACCCUAAAGGAUGAAGUGGUACGCCAUCAAACCGUUCCCGUACAGAUUGUGAAGGAGAUAGAAAAAACAACACGGAAAAAAGUAGAAAUAGAAAAGAAAAAGCUUAUCCUGGAAUACGAAGUCAAAGAGCUACAUGACUCCAUAAAAAAAGUGGAAACCAAAAUCAACGCGGUGGUGGAAGAGAAGGAGGAUGUAAUUAAGGAAGUGGAAGGCAAGCGAGCCUUGCUUGAAAUCAAAGAACGAGAAUAUAACCAAUUGACCAAGAUGUUGGAGUUGACCAGAGAGAAUGAAGCGACCUCGCUAACCGAGAGAGGACUCUUGGAUCUCAAUUUGCGGAACAGUCUCAUCGACAAGCAGAACUAUCAUGAUGAACUUUCUCGCAAGCAGAGAGAGAAAGAGCGAGAUUUCCGAAAUUUGAAGAAGAUGGAGCUGCUGUUGAAAGUCUCCUGGGAUGCCCUCACUCAGACUCAAGCCUUGCAUCAAAGGCUUCUGUUGGAGAUUGAAACCCUUCCUAAAGACGUGUCUGCAUUAUCUGAGAGGAGGAAAGAGCUCCACAAAGAAGUUGAAGUAGCCAAGAGGAAUUUGGCCCAACAGAAAGUCCUGUCAGAUGCUGAGACCAAGUUGGUGGAACACCAGCUGACAGAGGAGAACAAGCUACUGAAGGAGCAGGAAAACGUGCGGGAUCUGGUGUUCAACCUCGUGCACAUGACCCAGAUCAAACUUGAUGAGCGGGAGCAAAAGUCGAAGGAUUUCCUGAAAGCCCAGCAAAAAUAUAACAACAUCAUUAAGGAGAUCCGAGCUAAAGACCUUGAAAUUAGGAUCCAUAAGAAGAAGAAACGUGAAAUCCACCGAAGGCUCAAACACUUCGCUAAGCUGUAUGACACGGUCCGAAAUGAAAGAAACAAGUUUGUAAACUUGCUUCACAAGGCUCACCAGAAGGUCAACGAGAUCAGACAGCGACACAAGAUGUCCUUAAAUGAGCUGGAAAUCCUAAGAAACAGUGCAGUUACCCAGGAGAGAAAACUGCAGAAUUCUAUACUGAAACAUUCCAACAACAUUACCGUCCGGGACAGCAUGCAGAAUGACGUGAGCAAGAUCGCCUCGAAGCUCCAGGAGAUGAAAGAGAAGAAGGAGGCUCAGCUGAGCAACAUCGACAGACUCGCCAACAUGAUCACGACGAUCGAGGAGGAGAUGGUGCAGCUACGCAAGAAAUACGAAAGAGCCGUUCAACUGCGCAAUGAGAGUGGUGUGCAGCUGAUCGAACGAGAGGAAGAAGUGUGCAUCUUUUAUGAGAAAAUCAAUAUCCAAGAGAAGAUGCGACUCAACGUGGAAAUCGAAAUCCACGUCCUGGAAGAAAAGAUCCGCUUUCUGAAACUGAAGAUCGCAGAGGAGCAGAGACACAUCCGUGUGACCAAGAGAUUGCUGCCGGUCAAGAAGUCCCUGGACGCCGACCUGGCUGUGCUGCAGAUUCAGUUCUCACAGUGCACAGACAGAAUUAAAGACCUGGAGAAGCAGUUUGUGAAUCCCGAAGGUCAGAACAGAACCCGCUUCCUUUCAGGCAAAGACAUGAGCGAAGAAGAAAUCACGGAGAAGUUAGACGAGUUGCAAGUCCAGCUGGCCAAAAAGGAGGAGCAGUUACUGGAGAAGGACUUCAUCUACGAGCAGGUGUCCCGUCUCACCGACAGGCUGUGCAAUAAAACACAGGCCGGCAAGAAGGACACGCUGCUGCUAGCCAAGAAGAUGAAUGGAUAUCAGAGAAGGAUCAAGGACACAACUGAGAAAAUGAUGGCUAUCGUGGCAGAGUUGUCCAUGAAGCAAGCUCUGACCAUUGAACUCCAAAAGGAAGUCAGAGAGAAACAGGAAUUCAUCUUCUCUUGCAAUUCCAGGAUGGAAAAGGGCCUGCCUCUCAACAAAGACAUCGAGAAAGAAUGGCUGAAGGUACUUCGAGAUGAAGAAAUGUACUCCCAGGCAAUUGCUGAAAAGUCUCGGGAGUUCUUGGAGGCCAAUAACCACCAGCUGCCCAAUGGUGUCUACACGACGGCAGAGCCGCGUCCAAACGCCUACAUCCCGGAAGCAGAUGCCACCCUACCCCUGCCAAAACCAUACGGUGCUUUGGCGCCUUUUAAGCCCAGUGAGCCUGGAGCCAACAUGAGGCACAUAAGGAAGCCUGUUAUUAAGCCAAUUGAAAUCUGAGCAUGCGCGCCAACCAAGCUUCACACAGGGAAGACUGCAGCUGAGAUGCCUCCCACCCCCAGGUGGAGAAUGCAAGCGUGAGUGUCCCCCCAUUACAGAGAAGACUCUCACAGGUCAUCAACAACCGUGCACCACCAACUGCUACUGCACCCACCUGCUGUGAUGCCAG